UCCGAUACCCAAGAUUGAAAUCUCAGGUGACAUGAAGGAGAAGAACUCUGUCACCGUAACGUGCUCAGCUCUCACUCCCUGUCCACAAUCACCUCCUGGACUCACCUGGAACCUCCAACCAAACCCUCACAGACAGAUGGAGAGGAACAAAGAUGGAACGUUUACAACUACAAUCCAGCAGAACAUCACUCUGUCGUACAGAUAUGAUGGAUACAACAUCAUCUGCUCUGCCAGAUAUCCUGUGAAUGCAGGAAAACAUAACAAGAAAUCCAAUAAGGGAGCAAAGACAAAAUUCACUCUCAGUUUUUCCUAUGGUCCCAAAGAAACCUCAGCAUCCAUCAGUUCAUCAGUAGCUAACUGGGUGAAGCUGCGUUGUUCCAGCAGAGCCAAUCCUCCCGUCAGCAUCUUCACCUGGUUCAAGAAAACCUCAAAUGGAGCCUUGAAAGUAGGUGAAGGAGAAAAUUAUGGACUCCAUGUCACUGAGGAAGAAGCUUAUUACUGUGCGGCCAUGAAUGAUGUUGGCAGUCAGACAUCUCCAGAGAUUCAUUUGACUGUAAAAGAAAAAGGGAUUGAGCCGACUCAUAAAGUCGUUGAAAGAAAAGGAGCCGAGAGUUCUCAAAUUCAGAUUUCAGUUGUUGUAGCAGUCAGCAUUUUCAUAGUUGUCUGCCUGCUCAAAAUCAUCAUGUGGUUUGUAAAGGUCAAAAGUCCAACCCCAACACAAGUCAAUACUCCACUUAGUGACUAACUGGGCCUUGAAUUGUGAGCCAGUACCACUGAGGGAGCUGUUUAACAUGAGGAUCUAAACUUCUUGAUAAAACAGCUUCCUCCAUGCAUAGCGGCAGACGGCGACAGGAGACGACGUACACACAGAUCUCCAGAUCUCUAAGACAAAGCAGCUCAGCAGAGUCUGACUGCCCAGAGGUCAUCAACACACAAGAGAAUAAACAUUGACCUCUUUGGAUAAAGACA